AUGGGACACCGCGCCAAGACCGAGCCCGAGUCGGAGAGCAUCUCGGGGAAGCUCCAGCCCAACUCAAAGCUCGGGCUAGCGUGCUUGGCCAAGCUCAAGCCGAUCUUCUCCAAGCAUGCGCAGCGCGCCAAGGACGUGACGGCGCGUGCGUCGACCGUGCCGACGACGACCGCCAUCGCGACGGAGCAGAAGACGCCGACGCGCCUCCCGACGCACAACGUCAAGCUGGCGACGCUCUCGACGGCCUCCAACGAGUGGAGCGUCGUCGUCGAUGACAUUGCCAAGUUUAUG